AUGCUUCCGAAUCACUGUUCUCGGGCCAUCGGCACUGCAGCCUGGGGCUUACCGCGGAGAAACAUCAUUGGCUACAUCACUUACACCUCAUCACUGUCACUUGACAACAGGCAGCAUCGCCAUACUCAACUCCGACAUCACAGCACAGCACCACCUCCGCCCAAACCAAAGCGAGAAAUCGCCUCAUCCAUCAAACCAUACGACGGCAUCAUCAGCAUCGACUCCAUCAUGACAAUCCCUCCCAAGCCAUCACCAUUCCUUGAUUCUCCUACCAUCAAGACCCGCAUCCUCAUCAUCUCUGACACUCACACCUCCGUCCCCUUACCAGAGGAAGAGGGCGACACUGAAACUGAACUCAACAAACCGAAUGCAUCAAUGAAACGUCCCACCGGUUUCCGAGAGCCCCUCCCAGAGGCCGAUGUCGUCCUUCACUGCGGCGAUCUCACCAAGCACGGGAGGCCCGACGAGGUGCGCAAGACGUUUGACAUGCUGAGAGGCCUGCGCGCGCCGCUGAAGCUGGUCAUCGCUGGCAACCACGAUCUGGCCUUUGAUGAUACGAACUAUACCCAUGACGGCACUGACAGCGAUGGUGCCGCCAAACAUGACAAGCCCAAGUAUAACAAGGUCAUGCAGAUUGCCCAAGAAGCCGAGGUCGACGGCGUCAGAUAUCUUACCGAAGGGACAUACUCUUUCGACCUCGCCAACGGCUCCCGGCUGCGCAUCUACGCAAGCCAGUACACGCCCAUGUAUGGUUUCUGGGCGUUUCAGUAUCAUGGCGGAGAGCACAACUUUGACAUCCCAUCCGAUGUCGACAUUGCCAUGACCCACGGCCCUCCGCUCGGCGUCCUCGACCGUACCUCUCGCGGGGACAGAGCUGGCUGUGGAACUCUCUUCAGAUCCCUGUACCAAGCAAGGCCCAAGAUCCAUUGUUUCGGCCAUAUUCACGAAAACUGGGGUGCAGAACUGAUGCAAUGGAAACCCGAGCCCAGCAGUUCCGAGGCCGUCAUUUCAUCCACUACCGUCCUCGAUAAGGAAAACUCACGCACCCUCUAUACUCUCACUCCACCUCCCUCAUCUAUGCCAACUAAUGACACUACUUUGACCUACACGGAGGAGCAUAAUCGUCUCCUGGAGUGGAGCAAGGACCGCGGCUGCUACAUCGAUCUAGCAGAUGGCGAGAACAGGAUCAGAGAAGGCGAACAGACGCUUUUUGUCAACGCGUCCAUUAUGAGCGUUCGAUAUCGGCCAACUCAGAUGCCCAUGGUAAUAGACAUGAACCUGCCAAGAGCGACAUAA